AUUAGGUCGGGUUCGAUAUGUCAGUUGUCUACUAUGGCGGCAAGUUUGUUGGACGAUAAUUUGCGGUCUCUACACGAGUGUUUGACAGCCGCCAGCAAUGCAUCUAAGGAGCAGGCAGAUGGUAUUGUUGCAGAUAUAAGUCAAAUAUGCAUCAACGAAUCGACAGACAAGGAUAUAGAUUUAUGUUGUUCUAUUUUGUUCGACAAAAGAAAAGGACUGGUAUCAUUCUUAUCUGAAACAGUCACAAAGGAAGAGUUUCAGACAUGCAAACAGAAAAUCUUAGAAUUUCUAUCAGAAUUUAUACAAAAGAUUGAGAAGAAAAUCAUCCCAUAUGUUUUUGACAUCAAGGAUGUAUGCAUGUCUCUUUUCUUCCGUGAGAGGCUGGCUAAGAUAAAGAACUUGUCUGUGCCUGUUCUGGCAAAAGUUUUAGAAUUGUCUGUUGGGUCUGCUAGUGCCCAGGAUCUGGGCAUUGAUAAAAUGGUCAACAAAUUCUUCAUGGAACUAACAAAGAGUGUAUCCAAACUACCAGCCUCAGUGAAGGAGAGCAUUUAUGUGAUUUUGGGACUUCUAGCUGAGAUAUACCCAGAACACAUGACUGAGUAUGCCAGUAAACUAACAGACAUAUAUCUCAGAGCCUUGAAAGCAGAGAUGACUAGUAAAACAAAGAAGCCCGAGUUGUCAGUGAUCAGUGGUUGUCUGGAAGGUCUGGCCAGCUGUCUUGUCAAUUUCACAGUGGACGAAGACUCUUCAAAUAGUUAUGAAAUAUUCAAAUAUGCUCGAAUGGCCAUAGAUCCUGAUAUAAACUAUACUCGCUAUGAUGUCCCAAGAGCCGGACUUAAACUGUUCGCUAGACAUUCUGCCCAGUUUAGAUCCCAGUUGGCAGAAGAUUAUCAGGGUAUGUAUAACAAACUAAAAAGCUGGAGUAAGCACAACAAUAGAGAUCUGCUUCAUCUGGGGACUGCAGCCAUGGAGGCCUUCUUAAAUCAGAUAUCAGAAGUUCUAGUAACCAAAGCCAAGGAAGGAAAGAGGGAAGGGGCUGUGUUUAAGUUUUUUGUGACAAAGUUUCGAGAAAUUAUGAAUGACAGUUCUGCAAGUUCAAAAGAGCUGUCCUUAGCUAUCAGAGGAUAUGGCUUGCUGGCAGCACCAUGCAGGGAGUUCCUGGAGCAGACUGAUGUCCAGUUUAUGUUCAGUGAGAUGAUGACUAAAAGUGAACAGCUAUAUCUGAGCUCAGAGAAAGCAGAUGUUGAGGAUAAACUUUACAGCUUACCAAGCUACCUUGAAGCAUUGGCCAAUAUCAUCAGAGAGCUAGACCAUGUACCAGAAACCUAUGCCACAUCCAUUGAACGACUAAUGAUCAUCCUGGCUGAAAAUUUUCCCACAAUUCAUCAGAAGCAGCAUUUCGUGGCUGUGAAGUCCUUACUGUGGGUGCUGAUAACUCUUAUGCCAAAAGGAGAAGUGUUUUCCCAAGUUCUGAGUGGCUUUGUGUACCAAAUGUUGAUCAGAACUUGUUCCCAUCCACCAGUGAUUGAAACAGAAGACAUGGCGGAGAACACUCAGUCAGAACAGAUGGGAAACAAGGUGACCUACAAGGACUUCAUUGAGAUGUGGGACACUCUCUUCAACAGUCCCAGGAUCAAGGAAUUCAGUGUCGCUGACAUCAGUGUAGAAAUGAGGCUGGCCCUCACAGAAGAGAUCUACAACAAGCUGAUAGAAUCCUUACUGAAGAUGCUGGGCAAGCUAGACCUGACCUCACAAUCCAGCACUGAAGUCGCACAACAACAGGAAGGGACAAGUGCUGAUGACCCAGAGGAAGUGUCCAGUGACCCUCUUCAUGGAAUACAGCCCAGCAAACCCAAAGACUUCCAGAUCUUCAUCAACCUCGUGGAUUUCUGCAGGGAAGUCCUUCCAGAGAAGCAUUAUGGGAUGUUUGAGAAAUGGCUGUUCCUGUUCUGCCAUACUUUGAUUCUUCAGUCUACAGAAAAGCCUUUGGUCAGUGGAUACUAUAAAUUGUUGGCAGUCUGUAUGAAGAUUGCAAAUAAACUGAAUUACUUUCAGGGUAUGGUCAGUCUUUCCCCUGUGAAGGAAGAAAUAAAAAUGGAGGUGGAUUCUGAUCAAAAAACAGACAUCCAUCAGAAGGCAACCUGUUUCCAACUCAUACAGAAAUUCACCAAGGAGGUCCUUGUUAGAAUGAAGCAGUACAAAGAUGACUUGCUGGCAGCCUGUUUGACCUUCAUCUUAACCCUACCCAAAGAAAUUGUCUCGGAGCAAAUGUCCAGUGUGGUGCCAGCUAUACAGUUGACAUUGUCAAUAGGUCUGGGUUACCUGCCCCUGGCUAUGAUUGCGUUGGAUGCCCUGAACUACUGGUCAGACACCCUGCCCCCCUCUGUUAUACAGCAGUACUACCCACAGAUCUUACCAUGUCUGGACAGCUACCUCAAAACUGUGGACCAAGGAGCUGAUGAUGUCAGUGUCAAUACUAUGGAAAUGGGGAAAGGAAAAAGUGGGAAAGGUAGAAAGAAAUUGUCUGUAAGAAUUAUCAAAGGACCCAAGACUGAAACCAAACAGGUUUUUCAGACCCAGUUGGCUGAGGUGAAACAGAGGGUGAUGAAUUACUUAGGGAGACUGGGGGGAGAGGUGAACCACGCCCUCCUGUCAGGGAGUGAUGUUUGUGAGGAGGCCAUCUCAUGGGACACAGAACAGCAUCUCAGAUUUGAUGUGCCUUUUAUUGAUAUGAAGCCUCAGAUAUAUUUUGAUCCAUUUCUGCCUCGUAUUGUGGAGCUGGCCACUAAAUCAGGAGACAGACAGACAAAGGUAGCGGCCUGUGAACUGCUUCACUCCCUUAUACUGCUCAGUGUGGGGCGCAGCGCUACAACUCCAGGCAGGGAGCGAUUCUCUAUGGCCCCCAUCUACAAAAAAAUGUUUCCCAGCAUCCUCCAGUUGGCUUGUGAUGUAGAUUUGGUGACCAAACAGUUGUAUGAGCCAUUGCUGAUGCAGCUGAUCCACUGGUUUACAAAGAACAACAAAGCAGAGAGCGAGGAAUCUAUGGCGUUACUGGAUGCCAUCUAUGAUGGUAUUAUUCAGCCAAAUGACACAGCUUUGAGGGAUUUUUGUGCAGUCUGUCUGAGAGAGUUCCUGAAGUGGUCCAUCAAACAAUCUAAAAAUGUAGAGAAGAGCCCAAUCAAUGCUAAGUCCCUGCUGAAGAGGUUGUACAGUUACGCACUUCAUCCUGGGGCCUUCAAGAGACUGGGAGCAGCCCUGGCAUUUAAUAACAUCUACACAGUGUUCAGAGAGGACAAUGCGAUGGUGAACUUAUACACUUUCCAAGUAUUGGUACAUUUUGUAGAGAGUUUGGCCAUUGCUCAUGAGGAUGAAUUAUCAAUGGGCACUCAGACACAGUGUAAGCUGGUCUUAGAACACAUGGAGAGGAUCAUGAAAGUGAAAGCUGCUGUUCUAAGCAAGGAAGAUAAAAACAGAACUGAGCCCAAACAGUGGAGUGUGCGUAAGUUAGACAUUGCUGUCCGCUGGCUGAUGAGACAGUGCGGUCGCCCCCAGACGGAAUGUAGACAUGCCUGUAUGAAGCUGGUUCAUCAGUUAGCUCCCUGUAUUACAGGUAUCAAGUCAACCAAAGACUAUUUCCAGACAUUUUAUAAGAGUGAAAAGGCAGCUUAUUUUAUAAUAAGAUUUGAGGGUAAGCAGCAGAAGUACGGCUUGUUAUCCUGUCCUGAGAUGACGGCUGUUGAUUCCUCAUUCUCCAUACAGAACGCUGUGUCAUGGUUUGACCAUUAUUUGGCCGCUCUAGACUGCUACAUCUGGACAUUUGGAGAACAACUGCUCACCCCUGAUGAUAUUUUCCAAGGUGAUGGACAGAAACAGAGCAGACUGUUUCAGGCCAUGAAGCACUUCCUGGGUAAGGUUGUGAUGAAGGACGUAGAGGAAGUAGCCGGGAUGUUUCCACACGAACCACUGACUGAUGUCUACACUCCUAAAGAAAAGGAUGAAUACAACAGGACUAAAUGUACAGCCGUGGUGAGGACACUGGAUUUCUUCUGUAUCUUAGUGGCCAGAAGUCCUUCCAUAAAGAGGUUGCUGCCCCCUGGAGUACUGGGUGAGGACCUGUGGUACCUGAUCUGUAUGUGUGUUGUCCAUCCUUCAGUGGUGGGGUUCAACCUAGGGGAUGUGGAGAUCAUCAAAAAUCUACCUACAGAGAUGGAAAACUUGCUAAAAGUAUUCAGUGCAAAGCUGCCAGGAGACAUCUUGACAGAGAUGUGCAAACAGAUUGGAUCCCUGCUGCAAGGAGACAGAGACUUGUUAGGCUUGCUGAGUAGAUCUCUGGAUGAUCCCUCUACAGAUCAUGUGUUCCUACAACAGUUAGUGUCAGGCUACCAGCUUCUACACACUGUGGGAUUGCUGAGUAAAAUCCUCAAAGGGACAUCACUACCAAAUCUGGCCAACUCUCUAUUUGAUUUUGUCCACAAGAGUUUGAUUUGUGUGGAGGGAGGAACCAAACAAUCAUUGACCCUGUCCCCCACAGCACAUGUCACGGCCACCAGGUUACUGGAGCUCUCCUUCUGUCUGGGAGUGCAGAUAUUAUUGCAUGAAUUAAAAUCGUGUAGAAAGUAAGAUUUUUAAGUAUGCCUCUUUUUAUUGCCUUCUUUACAGAUUAAGAAGGUUAUUUCUGGGAUCCUCGACCAGUCCAUGGUAGAGGGGACAGCUAAGGGUUUCUCUCAGAGUCAUGGAGAGCUCCUGUUUACAGCUUUCAAAUCUACGAUGUCAGUACAUUUGGCCAAAGUUAUGAGUGAGACAGUUCCUGUUCUUUGUGAGCAUGCUCAGAAGCAGAGUUACCGAGUGAUGAGUAUCAUGGUUACCAUUGUUGACACUGUAUCCAAGGACAAAAACCUCAGAAAACAGAUUGGUCCAAAUGUCGUUACAUCUGUGGUCAAGCAUUGGAAAUCUAUCUCUGUCUGGUGCUUAGCAACCACCGAUUUACACAGUAUGGCCAUGUUACUACUCACCAAACUGGUGCUCCUGGACAGCAAGGUGGUAACUGACACCGGUAGUAAACACUUUGAAGAAGUAUUUGACACCUAUCUCAAGAUGUUAACAGAAACCAAAACAACUUUAUCUGUUAAGUGCAGAAUGCUAGAACUUUUGCCAUUUUUUGCCAUACUACAAGAACCACACUUGAAAAAACUGAAGCAAAGCUUGAACAGACUUGUGGCAGACCAUUUUCCAGUGAAGAGCACCGAUCUCCCAGAAUCCAGUCCUCAGUUCAAAGACUACAUUGCUGCAGUAGACAGGUUGCUGACCAGUCUGGAGUUGUCAGGGAGUGAGAUGUUGUUGGAACUCCUGAUCAGCAUCUUCUGUAGAGAAACCAAACAUGUGCACGAGACAAGGAUACAGGAAUCCAUCAACAGGUUCACAAAAAGGUUACCAGCAGCCAAGCAGAAGUCUGCCGUGGACGUGGCCUAUAAUAUUUUUUGUCAGGAGAAGCGGUACCCUGCAGAAGUUAGGAGGAUCACUAUAGAGAAGGUGGCCCUCCCGCUACUGAGACUGGUCCACAAGUCCGCCCUGAUCGAGUUCUUCACUGACCACAUGAAUGACCUCAGAGCAGCAGUAGAAGCUAAACUUUCCAAGGGCCCUGGGCCGGAGAACCAGUUAACAUCCAAACUCUGCAGUUUUCAGCUGCUGGAAUUAAUGUACGGUCGACUGAGUAAGGAGGAGGUGUUUGGUAAAAGCUCAGCUUUAAACAAGAAAUUCUGUGAUGUGAGGUGUGAAUCGGUGGAUACAGGCAAAGAAAUGACUCAAAUCAUAAUGAAGACAGCACAUGCAGCUAAGGGUGAGGAUGUGAGGGGGGAGACUAGUUGUACAGAACUGAGGAGACAGUACCACUGUGCUGCCUAUAAUCUACUGAUAGCCAUACUCUCCAGUACACAGAAUGAAGCCAAGUUCUACACCGCAUUCCUCUUCAAGGAGGACGAGGCCAAAGGACAGUUUGUUUAUGACAACUUGGUUGACAAGGAAAAAUCCUAUGAAUUUACUUCUGAACUGAGGGCACCUUUGUCCAGAAAGAAGCAGUAUGUAUCAAUAAGAAAUGAAGUAAAGAAUAGUGAACUACAGAAUGGGGAGGCAGAGGGAGGGACCAGCUCCUCCCUUCAUUUGGCCUCUCAGUACCUGGCUGACAGCAGUCUGAGUGAAGACCUCAACCAGUACGACUUCACAGCCACACCCCAGAUGUCAGAAGGAUCACAGAAGGAAAAAGUGCUGACUGUUCGUAAAUCUAGCUACACUGAUGAAGAGGAUGAUUCUGACACUAAGGUGAUGGUAGAGGAGGACUAUGUGGAGCUGGAGAUGGAUGACCUCAAUCAACACGAGUGUAUGGCCACCAUGAUAGCUCUCCUCAAACACAUGCAGAGGGCCAACAUCAUCCCACUGGUGGAGUCGGGUGUGGUACCAGAACUACCAGCCUGGAUGAAAUGUCUGAAUGAUAAACUGAAGAAUCCAAGGACCCACAUUAACAUCAAAUAUUUCAUUGCCAAACUCAUCAUUAAUACUGCUGAGAUAUUCCGCCCCUAUGCCAGAGACUGGAUCCGCCCGCUGACACAACUGAUCAUCAGUGCUCCAUUCACCAGUCUUAACUACUUUGUUAUAGAUAUAAUAGUCACCAUAAUGUCCUGGCAUCAAGUAGCCAUUCCACAGGACACAGUAGAGGACCGUGCUAUGUCCAGUCGGCUGGUGGAGUUUGUGAUGGGCUACGUGUAUAACGAUACCAGACCUGUGUAUCGUAAUAACCUAGAGCUGCUGAAGACCCUACUACAGGUGUGGAAGGACCGUGUGGAGGUACCUUACAGCAUUGUGUACAAACAUCUGAAGCAGCCAGAUGAGACAAAGAAGGAGAGCUGUGUGGGGGUACAGCUGAUGGGGGUGGUCCUGUCCUGUAAGUUCCCUCCGUACGCCCCCACAGCACCUGUUGACCAGGAAAAAUUCUUUAUCACUGUGGCUCAGUACAUGAGGAAUCGUUACAAAGCGGUUUAUGCAGCCACAGCAGAAGUGGUGGGAAUGAUCUUUAAGUUCCUGGCAGACAAGGAGAGGCAGACAGAAGGAACCUUCCAUGAUUAUGUUGUCAAUCUGAUGAAUUCCCUACAACAGAGCAACCCGUCUAACUUCCUCCUCUGUAUUCACAGAAUGCAUCUACACUACCCUCCCAUAGCUGACAGAUUUAUGAAUCGAUUAUUGUUUGUUCUUCCCAAUCUUCAUGCCGAGUUCCGGAACCGCUGCCUGGAAGUUAUUCUUACAAGGAUUGACACUUUAGAAAAUGUCUAUGUGGAGCUUAAAAGUAAAGGACUGUUAUCUUUCCUAACACACAGGGAUGAAGAGACACAAUUGAUUGCUCUGAAAAUUGUCAAGAGCAUUCAAACCAAACUACAGCCUGGUGAAGUGUCGGAGUUACUGCCCCUGAUCUGUGGGUUCAGCAUCAGCCCCAGUAUAUCCUGCCGUAACGUCAUGUAUGACAUUCUGAUGUGGGUCUACGAUAACUACAGAGAAGAUGAGAGUGAGACAGCUAAUACGAUCAUGCAGCAGACAAAAGAGACCCUGCUUAAAGGACUAGGGGAUGAGGAUCUACAGUGCAGACUGCUGGUACAGAAUUUCUGGAGUAGUGAAUCAAGAGUUCCAGGGAACACACUGGACAGACUAGUGGCCAUGUUGGAAGCUAUGUAUUCACCUGUCACAGAGAAACAGUUUCUGAGCUACGCCACAAAUCUUGUCCUAGAAAUGACGUCAAAAAGUCCAGACUACCAGAGAGAAAUGUUUGAGUCACCUCUAGAGGACUGCAAAUUCCAGGACUAUAAAGUGAAGUCGUCAUGGAGACAGAGACAUGCAGCCAUGACACCACUGUUUGCCAACACCAUGGCAACCCAGAGUAUGAUGGAGGAGGAUGAGAGUUUUAGUGGAGAGAUCAGAGCUACACAGGAUGUCCCACAAUUCACUGCCACACAGGAUGCUUCAAAAGCCCCCUUUAACUGGUUGACUGGGAGUAGUUUAGACACAUUCACUGACUACAGUACAGUGGGAUCAGAGACCUCCAGCUCCCUACUGUUUACUGUGGGAACACAAGACAUGGCCAUCAGGGCCCGACUGAAGCCCAGCAGAAAACCUGGAGCAGGGUUCGGAAGGCCUCGAGCAGGAACCAGCAAAGCUCCUGAGAGAACCAGCAAAGAUGAGGUUGACAGUGAAAUGUCCAGAUUAAAGAGACGCUUCUUGAGAGAUGAGGAACAAAGUAAAGCUUACUUCAUAAAACGCCACACCAGACUGCAGAAAAUGAGGGAGGAGGCUGUGAAAGAACAGAAAUCACGUCGAGAACAUCAAGUGACCAUGUAUAGAAAGUAUAGAAAGGGAGACUUACCAGACAUACAAAUAAAGUACUCCUACAUUAUAGCUCCACUACAGGCAGUAGCUCAUAGAGACAGUACUAUAGCCAAGCUGCUGUUUGGGGCCAUAUUUAAGGGAAUAUUUUCUAAGAUGGAUGAAGUUAAAACAGAGAGGGAGGUACAGGAGACCAUACAGGAGAUCCAGAAGAGUAUCGGUGUGGUGCUGACGUCCUCAAUACAGUACUUCACUCCAUUCAUCAGCUGUCUACUGGACAUCUUGUACAGUUUAAGAAGCAAACUGAAAGUAGAUGUAUCUGAUGUAAGUUCAGCAGCCACAUUUGGAAAUGUUCAACCAUUGGGAAUCUGUGUCCUGGAGGAGCAGCUGAUAUCACAGACUGAGGAUGAACGGCCAACAAAGAGAGGAAGGAGUGAGGGGGCAGUUGUGUCCACAGACACAAAAAGCUGGAUUGAACUGGCAAGGUUGUAUAAAUCAGUGAAGGACUAUGAUGUACUGCUGGGAAUCUUCAGUGACAAGAUAGGAACACAGGACAUCACUAAGGAGGCAGUGCAAAUGGAGGCCAGAGGAGACUACUAUAAAGCUGUGAAACUGUAUAAUCAGGCCAUGUCAUGUGAAGAGUGGGAUGAAACUCCACCUACUAUAGAAGUGGACAUGUGGGAUGAAUCUAGGAUGGAGUGCCUAGACAACCUGUCUCAAUGGAAGGAGCUGGAGGGAGUUGCUAUGUCUGGAAUCAACAGCAAGUCAAUCCACCAAGUGUGGAAAGACACAUACUACCAGGAACACUACUUGCCCUACAUCAUCAGAAGUAAGGUGAAGCUGAUGUUACAGGGAGAUGAUGACCAGCAGCCAUUACUGACCUUCAUAGAUGACUGUAUGAAGCAGCCUGACCAGAAGGCCCUGAUAGAGAGUCGAUAUUGUGAGGAGCUGGCUUUGAUGUACAUUUGGCAGGGGGACUAUGACAGAGCCAGGCACUAUUCCACAAUGGCAUCCCAACAGUUCUUACUGGACUGGAGCAGUACAGACAGUCUGAUGUCGGUCAGUAGGAGGAGCCAGCUACAGAAUCUCCAGCCUUUAGUGGAGCUACGGGAAUUCCUCAGCUUUAUGGAGCUCCAGAGCAAUUUUACCUCAGCAGGGCCUGCUAACUUGCUUAUAGAGAGAUGGCAGAAUAGGUCCUUACAUCCACUUCUGGACCCAGAGGUAGUAUGGGAUGACAUCGUCACUAACAGAAUGGUUUACCUGGACCACAUAUCCAACCGCUUGACCAGUUCUCUGGUGAAGAAGGAGGAAGAUGCUAUGGAGGAAGAUGAAGAAGACCUAUUCCUGGAAUCCAAAAUCCGGCUCCGUCUGAAGAUGGCAGACAGCAGUUGUCAGAAGAGGAACCAUAAACUGGCUCUGAAUAUACUGGCAGACAUACACAAAAAUUACAGAGAUAAGGAGAAUGAGAUAUUGAAUUUAGAAUGGAGUCACUUGUACGCUAAAACACACCAGCUGAGUGCUAUGACAGCUGAUAUGGACUGGACCAAUGACAACUUCUCCAGCAUUCUGACAACCAUAGACAGGCUGGGAAAAUUUAAGGAUAGCCAGAUCCUGAGGCGAGAGCCUGGGCUAGGUCGCAGGCAUUUUGUUCUGAUGGGACAGGCUUAUGGCUUGUUGACUAAAGGUGUACUAAGUGAAAACUGCUUCAGUAGCCUUAGUGACAAAAACUCAGAGAAAAUGAUGUCCAUCAGCAAGGUUUCCAAGCUUGACCAGAGAGAGAUAGCUAAAUGCCUUGUUGAUGAAGGAUACAAGCAGAUGAAGACAGCUUUAUCUUAUGAUGGUCGAUCAACAAGGACAUGUCGCUAUGGUCUGGAGGAGGCCUAUCUAGCCGUGUCCCAGUACUGUAAUAAGUUCCUCAGAAUGGCGGUCGAUGAUGAAGAGACAGAGCAUUUACCACUUUCCAAAGAGAGUCUGAAGAGUUUCCCAGAAACCAUCACUGUCUGUCUGUUGAAUGCUAUGAAGUUUGAUUCUAUGGAAGCCAGGCAGAGGUUUCCACGGUUACUCCAGCUGGUGGAGAUGUAUCCAGAAAUUCGCUCCACUUUUGUCGAAAAGAGUAAGCAGGUUCCCUGCUGGAUGUUCAUUAUGUGGAUCAGUCAGAUGAUGGCUUUGUUAGAUAAACCAGAGGGCAGCACUGUACACCACAUUCUGAUGGAACUUACCGAAAACUAUCCUCAGGCUGUAGUUUAUCCCUUUAAGCUGAGCAGUGAGGGAUAUAAUAUUACAAACAAAAAAGAUGAAGCUUUUAUUGCAAGCCUGAAUGAUAAGUUGGGAGAUGAUCAGCUUCCUCUGGUGUCAAAGUUCAUCUCAGCCCUGGAACACAUGAGUCAACCGGAUCAAAUUUUCAAGGACUGGUUUGAUGACACAAGACUGAAAUUCAACAAAAAGAAACCAGACAAAAAAGCCAUGAGGCAGGAAUUUCAGAUCAUGUACAAGAAGGUUUUGGAGUUCACUCAGACUGCAGGCCGAGGAGCAAGUCAAAGAUCUCAGACUGAGGAAACCAUGAGCUUAGUGGACAAAGGGAAAUACCCCAAAAAGUUUGCAGAGAGAUUCAAGAAAGAUGUUGACAGUUGCUUUGGGAAAGAUGGAGAAAAAAUUUUGGAUAUGACAUUAGGUAAAUUUGUCAAUGCUUACAAAAAAGUGUACACUGACAUGACAAAUGAAGUAAAGGGGAACAACCUGAAACCCCCAGAAUCACUAAAGGAUUACUGUCAAUGGUUGUCAGAUUUCAACCCCAGCAUUCAGGGCAAGGAUCUAGAAAUUCCAGGUCAGUAUGAUGGAGUGACAAAACCAUUGCCUGAGUAUCAUAUCAAGGUGGUCGGAUUCGAUCAAAGGGUAAAAGUGAUGACCUCCAUACGUAAACCAAAGAGGAUAACGAUUCGUGGUAAUGAUGAGCGGGAGUACCAUUACCUAGUGAAAGGAGGGGAGGAUUUACGGCAGGAUCAGAGGAUAGAGCAGCUCUUCUUCCUGAUGAACCAGGUCUUAGAGAGUGACCCAGCCUGUAAACAGAGGAACCUUAAAAUCAAAACCUACCAGGUCAUUCCAAUGACUCCAAGAGUUGGUCUUAUAGAGUGGAUGAACAACACUAUACCACUGAAAGAUUUCUUGUACUCUAAUCUUACAGACCAGGAAACUAAAUUCAUCCACAGCAAGCAAGGACCGAUGCAUCUACACACUUCUUGGAUAAUGAAACUGAACAAAGAUCAAAUUCCUGCCUACAUGCAAAUGUACCUGAAAUAUAAUAUGACAGAAACUAAGCGAGAACUACAGAAGAAAGAAAGUUGUGUACCAUGGGAUUUAUCAAGGCGUGCCUUCCAUAAGAUGAGCACCUCCCCUGAAGCUUUCCACGUCCUCCGCUGUAAGUGUGCCACCACUCACGCCUUGAUCUCUAUUUGUCAGUACAUACUGGGGAUCGGAGAUCGACAUUUGUCAAACUUUAUGGUGAACUUAAAGAAUGGUGAGAUGGUGGGAAUUGAUUUUGGCCAUGCCUUUGGCUCUGCUACACAGUUCCUGCCUAUUCCUGAGUUGAUGCCGUUCCGCCUGACUCGACAGCUGCGUAACCUGAUGAUGCCGCUACAGGUUCAGGGUCUAAUGGAAUCCACCAUGAUCCAUACCCUCCGAGCACUCAGAAAUAACUGUGACCUGCUGCUGAAUACCAUGGAUAUAUUCGUAAAAGAACCAUCAGUUGAUUGGCUGAUAAAUGCAGAAAAACAAAUGAAUGAAAUGAAAGGAGAUGAAUCCCCUGAAGAGGAGGAUGUGAUGUGGUACCCAAAGGAAAAGAUAGAAUACAUGAAACGAAAGCUAAUGGGAGACAACCCAGUCACUAUAACCAGAGCGGAGUUGAAAUUAGGUCACUCCAAGAAGCCAGCAUUUUCUGCCAUGGAGAGAGUGCUUCAGGGUGAUAAGAGGGAGAAUGUGCGCGCACAGCUCAACGACACUGGCCUGACAGUAGAACAACAGGUGGCAGCACUGAUCGACCAAGCCACCGACCCAAACAUUCUGGGUCGGGUGUAUGUGGGCUGGGAACCAUGGAUGUGAAAUGUCAUUUUUUUGGUGCAUUAGAUUCAACUGGACAAAUUAAUAGUUUUGUGAAUAAGGAACAGUGAUAUAAAGCACAAGCAUUGACUAGUUACUUUCUACUGAUGUUUAGCAGAGUUAGUUUCUUAUGUCGUGUUGAAAAUAAAUUUGGUUAAACCGUUAAAGAGAUAUUAGUGAAGUUUAUAGACUGGAAUUAUCAUCAAAAUGUCUACCAA